AUGGCGGUAGCGGCGGCGGCGGCGGCGGCGGCGGCGGCGGCGGGGCCGAGCGGCGGGGGAGGCGGCCGGGCGCAGCGGAGCGGGCUGCUGGAAGUUUUGGUGCGGGAUCGCUGGCACAAAGUUCUGGUGAACUUGAGCGAGGACGCCCUGGUUCUGAGCUGCGAGGAGGGCGCCGCGGCGUACAACGGCAUCGGCACCGCCACCAAUGGCUCGUUCUGCAGGGGCGCCGGCGGCGCGCAGCCCCCGGACUCGCCCGCCGGGGUCCGCACCGCCUUCACCGACCUGCCAGAGCAGGUGCCCGAGUCCAUCUCCAACCAGAAGCGCGGCGUGAAGGUGCUGAAGCAGGAGCUGGGCGGGCUGGGCAUCAGCAUCAAGGGGGGCAAGGAGAACAAGAUGCCCAUCCUCAUCAGCAAGAUCUUCAAGGGGCUGGCGGCGGACCAGACCCAAGCCCUGUACGUGGGCGACGCCAUCCUGUCCGUGAACGGGGCCGAUCUGCGGGACGCCACCCACGACGAGGCGGUGCAGGCGCUCAAGCGCGCGGGCAAGGAGGUGCUGCUGGAAGUGAAAUACAUGCGAGAAGCCACACCCUAUGUGAAGAAGGGCUCCCCAGUGUCGGAGAUUGGCUGGGAAACGCCUCCGCCCGAAUCCCCUCGCCUAGGGGCCGUGUCCUCAGACGCCCAGUCAGCCGCACAGCCCUCCUCCUUCCACAGAGAUCGGAAGAACAUCCCCCUCAAGAUGUGCUUUGUCACCCGGAGUCUGGCCUCUGCUGACCCUGAGAACAGGCAGCUUGAAAUCCACUCUCCAGAUGCAAAGCACACGGUGAUCCUAAGGAGCAAGGACUCAGCCACCGCCCAGGCCUGGUUCAGUGCCAUCCAUUCCAAUGUUAGUGACCUGCUAACCCAAGUGAUCGCGGAGGUCAGAGAGCAGCUGGGGAAAACGGGCAUUGCUGGGAGCCGAGAGAUCAGGCAUCUUGGCUGGCUUGCAGAUAAGGUGCCCGGGGAGAGCGAGAAGCAGUGGAAGCCAGUCCUGGUCGUGCUGACCGAGAAGGACCUUUUAAUCUAUGACAGCAUGCCGCGGAGGAAGGAAGCCUGGUUCAGCCCAGUUCACACAUACCCUCUUCUUGCCACCAGGCUGGUCCAUUCAGGUCCGGGCAAAGGCUCGCCCCAGGCUGGUGUGGAUCUGUCCUUCGCGACGCGAACGGGCACCAGGCAGGGGAUUGAAACGCACCUGUUCAGGGCCGAGACCAGCAGGGACCUCUCCCACUGGACGAGGACCAUCGUGCAGGGCUGCCACAACUCGGCAGAACUGGUCACUGAGGUCACCACAGCUUGCACCUACAAAAACCAGGAGUGCCGCCUGACCGUACAUUAUGAGAACGGAUUUUCCAUUACCACUGAACCACAGGAGGGUGCCUUUCCCAAGACAAUCAUCCAGUCUCCCUAUGAAAAGCUGAAGAUGUCUUCAGAUGAUGGAAUCAGGAUGCUGUAUCUAGAUUUUGGAGGCAAGGAUGGAGAGAUUCAACUGGACCUUCAUUCCUGCCCCAAGCCAAUUGUCUUCAUCAUUCACUCCUUCCUGUCGGCAAAGAUCACAAGACUGGGCUUGGUGGCCUGAACCAAGGGGGGAUUUGCCUUCGAGAAAGGGAGGGCGGCUGCGCCCCCAGCGGGUGACAUCAGACACCAUGAACGGCG